AUGGAUUUAGAGAAACAGAUGGCAGAAGCUACGAAUGAAUCAAAGCUUUGUAAGAGGAAAUUAUCGGUUAUUGAACAAUCAUGUUCAAACGCAAAGUUAGAAAAUGAUGUUCUCGAAAGAAAGGAGAAAGAAUUGUUGGACUCCAACAGAAAACUGAAAUCUACGCUUGUUACAUUUGAAAAGGAAAGAGAUAGAGCUUUUGAUUUUAUCUCACACAUGUUCUUGAACACUCGAGAAGUGUGUCAUGAUGCAUUUAAGUCUAGAUUUCCUGAUGAAGAUUUUAGUUUCUUGGAGGGUUUGAUUCUGCAAGAUGAAGAGAGAGAUUUGCACCAAUGUGGGAUUCACUUUAAGAAGAAUAAUGAGAAGGGUAUUGAUGUGAAUGGAAUUGCUGGGUUUUUGAUUUUGAAAGGGAUUGUGUUGAACGAUGGUGAUGGUGCUCGCUGGAUUAUGUUUCAAAGUGGUUUAUGUUUGUAUUUGUAA